GUGUUUUGUCAAAGCGCGGGAAAACCAACCUCCAAAACCUCCAGGGUCCUGGCCCAGAUGCAGCCAUUGCAGCAGCUCUGCUCCUGUGCACAGAAACCUGCGCCGCGGCUGCACGUCUUCCCUCUCCCCGAUCGUCUGAAUUCCUACCCGCACGCGCGCAUGGAUAAAUACGUAGUCCCCCGCCCCUCGUCUCCUCCAAACCCUAAACCCCUCCGCAGGUCUCGAUGGAAGAUGAGCCUCGUGGAAUUGAAUGGCAGGAUGCCGCCAAAGCACCGCCAUGAGAUCUCUGCCCUACUGCUUGAAUCAUACGCCGAGAUAGGGGAUUUCGCCCAUUGCUACAAUAUUGGUGGACAAAGCUGUCCGACGCAUCUGAAUCGAAUGGUUAAUGAUGCGAAUGUUGAUCUCCAAGUGCCUAGUAGAAAGGAAGGCAUAUCAGGAUUGGAAUUCGACACCAAGGGAAUAUAUCUGGCAUCAGUAACAAAAUCAGGGUGUUUGACGGUGCAUGACUUUGAAACCCUUUACUACUUGAGCCACAGUCAAUCAUCAUGUUUAUUGGAAGACGAAACAAAACACCUGGUGCACCUUACUACGCAUCAGCAACUAGAUGUUGUUCGAUGGAAUAUAGCUAAUCAAGAUGAGGUUGCUUGCGCCUCUAUGCAAAGUAACAAAAUUCUUCUGUUUGAUAUUGGUUAUAUCUCUUCCGAACCAGUUGAAGUACUGAAAACAAGGCCUACCUUCACAGUGCAUGGUUCUGAAGUAUACAAUGGUUUAUCUGACAUUGCUUUUAUUUCAUCUGACAAGUCAAGGUUGCUUGCAUCGGAUUUAUACGGUGUUAUUUAUGUAUGGGACAGGCGGAUGAGUGACCAUCCAUGCCUAGAGCUUACCACAAAUUUACGAAGCACACUCAAUAGUAUCCAAUUAAAUGUGGAAGAUCGGAUAGUUUAUGGAGCAAGUAAACAAGGGAUCAUCUAUGCCUGGGAUCUUCGUGGCGGGAGAACAUCUAUUGCUUUUCAAAGUCACAAAGAGGUAUAUUAUCCACCUGUAACAUCUGUGAAGCUAGCACAGAUGCUAGAGAAAAUCACAUCCUUGAAGGCACAGUCUGAUAUUUACUCAAAGGAAAUACACUCAAUUGACCUUGAUCCAUCUUGUCCAUAUCAGUUGGCAUUCCAUCUUGACGAUGGUUGGUCUGGAGUUCUGAAUAUUUAUAAUUUUCAAGUGACACACAUGCACUGCCCACCCCCUGCUUGGUUGCACGGCAAAGACAUGUCAACCAAUUCUUUGCACUUGCGAAAACCAGCAUGGUUAGGAACUUGUUCGAUAUAUGCAGUUGGGUCUUCAUCUGAUGAUGGGAUUCAUCUGCUAGACUUCUACCCAGACUCCACCUCAGCAUGCCAUGUGGAUUUCAACGAGGAAACUAAGAGCAUUUCUGAGGAAGAGAAUCAAAGAGUGCUUAACAAAUUCAUUCCGUUAUCUAAAGGUGUUACUGCUUGUGCUGCACAUCCACUCAAUGGUACAAUCAUAGCUGGAACCAAGCAAUCUUCCUUGGUUAUGGUUUCUCAAAGGCAUCAGUCCUGUAGCGAUAUUGAAGAAUGCAGCUCAAGUGACAAGAUAUUCUGACAAAAUCCAGCAGCAAUCUUCUAAGAUACAGCAUGACAUGUAAAAGCCUAAGAAGCAACUGCAACCUUGUUAUUUCCUUCUACAAAGCCAGCUUCAGGAAAGAUAAAUGGGUGAUGUCUGAAUGCAAAUACAGGGUCUGAGCUCCAAGUCAACAGACGAAAAUGGAGAGUUACUAUGUGGAAGGAUCUCCAUUGUGGGGGUUGAUCAGACAGCUUGGCUUGAAUUGGGAGCACCCGCAGCACAUUGCAAGGGAAGUGGAAAUUGGUUCGUGCAGAUGCUGUAUAGUAUUUUUAAGUGAAAUGCCGAUUCGAAUGCAUGGGUCUGGUCCCAAUCACGUUUCUACCAUUGCUUUGUGGUCAUGCAGUGCAGAAGCUACAAGUGCUGCUUCCUGCAUGCCUUCCAAAAAAAAAACAGUGCUGCUUCCUGUUUGGGUUCUGGAUUAUUAUCAAACCUACCAUUUUGGGGUAAUGUCUGAAAAUUUUUAAUUAAUUUCUGGAAAAUUGAAAUAUAGAAGAUAGAAAAUCAUGGAGAACACCUUCACAGCGCC